UGUGAAAUAAAUGGGUUUCAUAAAGUUGAACUAUCAUUAAGUCUUACAGCUCUAAUAGAACCGCCCAGCGUUACUAUGGUUACCAUGGACAUAACAUGACUGAGGGCAAUCAUAAUUCUCUUGUUAUAAAUCAGUUGUCGUCGAGACUAGAGUUGAUAUCGUGAUUCUACCAACCACCCUGUGUUUUACAAACUGUAAAAUUUCACUUUGUCUUUUUAUAAAAAUCGACUAGCUUUUGUGCUUCUAAAUGUAAAUAAAAAUAAUUUAAUUCUAAACUGUCUAUGUUUAUGUAAUAAACUUGAUAUUUAUUUAUUACUAGUAAAUACUUUUUAAUUUGCGUGUUAAUAGAAUUCUGUUCAAACUGGGUCAAUGUAUGGACAAAACUGUUGUCGAAAAAAUUCAGUCCGCAAAUAGUAAAAAAAGUAAUAAAAAUUGAAAAUGGCAAGUUAUUUGAAUAUUAUUAGCGUGAUUCUAAUUAUAAAUAGCAUAGGCAACGCGGUUGCCCGAUCUAAAAAUAGUAGAAUGCCUGUCCAGCCUAUCAAGUUGUACUACUUACCACCGUCACCACCAUGUCGAGCUGUAAUGAUGACAGCGAAGGUCCUGGGUUUGGAGUUGGAUUUAGUGCUCACCAAUAUUAUGGAGGGUCAGCAUAUGACACCGGAAUAUAUGAAGAUGAAUCCCCAACACACUAUACCAACUAUGGAUGACAACGGCUUCAUACUUUGGGAGAGUCGUGCAAUAAUGGCAUAUUUGGUCAAUGCCUACGGCCGGGAUGACUCUUUCUACCCCAAAAAUCCUCGGCAAAGAGCUAUUGUCGACCAACGGCUCAAUUUUGAUAUCGGAACUUUGUUUUUAAGAUAUGUGAACCUUUAUGUACCGGUUCUGUUUAAAGGAGAUGAAAUGGAGCAAGAGAAUAUUGAUAAAAUGAAUGAGGCACUUGGAUGGCUAAAUACAAUGUUAGAUGGGCGCGCUUUCGUUGCCGGUGAUAACCUUACCAUUGCUGAUAUCUCUAUUAUUGUAACUAUUACUAAUUUAGAUGUAUUUGGAUAUGAUUUCAGUUCAUAUGAAAAUGUGGUGAAUUGGUUUGCAAGGGCAAAGAAGACCUUGGAGCCAUAUGGAUAUAAUGAAAUUGAUCGAGCAGGAGGAGAGAUCCUGAAUUCGUUCUUGAAAAAGCAAUAAAAUAUUUAGUAUAAAACAUAAUAGUAUUUUAAAAAGUUGGCGGGAAUCAUGGUCACAGUUAUGAAUAAAUAUAUUUUCAACACGUGAA